AUGAGGGGUGGACCUGAAGAAGGGUUCAUCCAAGGCGGAUGUGGGGAAGUGCGUGGCAGUGGGGAGGACGAAGGUGGUCUCCUCGGCAUGGCGCAGUUGGAAGAACUGGAGCAGAUGCGUCAGGCAAACUGGCCUCAACGAGUGAACAAGCUGGAGAAGUACACUCGUUUUCUCGAAGGAGAGAAUCUUCGACUACAGCAGCUGCACCUCAGGUCGUCUCAACCAGAGAUUAAAGCCCUGGUUGACGAGAUAGCCGACCAUCACGCAAUAUCUCAGGCACAUGUUAAGGACCUUGAACACGAAAAUGCUUGUCUCCAGAAGUCCAAGACUCUCCUCGAGCUAGAAGUGAACCUGCACAAGAAGCACAUCGCAUACCUCGACCACAAGCAGACGCAAUAUCGCAACGAGCAAAAUAUUCUUGUCGAUACCCUCAGAGACCUCGACGCACGAUACGCUGCAAAUCAAGAGAAACUCCAGAUUCAGCAAGAUGAGAAGAAGCGCAAAGCGGCCACUGCAACCAUGUUCAAGCUAUGGAAGAAGAACCUCAACAUAGAUGCCGAGCCAGCAGCCAAUCCUGAGCAGAGCUCAGAGACACAGUCUGGUGAGACUGUUGUUCGAGAAGGCGAGCGAGAAGAGAACGCUGAUCAUCCUUUGGAGAUCUAA